AUGGAUUCGGAAGCUGGGGAAGUCCAUGAAGAGCCAGCUGAAAACGAGGCUGCAGACCCAGUAACAGGUGCAGCUGAUGUCGAGGAAGUAUGCCUGGAGGGCGGUGUGGAGAAGGUGAAGGAUAAUCCUUCGGAUAAGCUUCGAGUGUCGGAGGCUACCACUCGGGCCUCGCAGGCCUCCUCGGGUCGACGACAGUCUCUUGUCCAAAGGUCUGUCAGCAGAAUCAGCACUGCCAGCGAAAUGGCCAGCCAGGCUUUGAAGAGUACAAGCUACCUCUUGCGUGCUGUGAUCAUCAAGGAGGUUGUCCUGCGCCAGUUCCCGAUGGCGUAUGUGGUUACCGUGCCGACUUUGCUAAUGACACUGCUGAUGUCGCAAGUCAUUCGGCCUAGUCAGCGGACAGCUGUAGGCACAGUGGUCGCAGAUUUGCAGAUUACGAACACUUCAAUUUACACCAGUUGGCUCCCAUGGGGUCGCGAUGAGCUUCACGCAACUGCAUACGCCCACUUUGAGUGGUACCCCUUUUGGGAGGUCUUGACCAAGUGGCUCAAUGUUGCCAUACCGGCCUGGGUCGUGUCCAGGUUGAUACUUGGCAAAGAGAAGUUUUGGCAGGAGAACUGGGUGUAUCCUGGCAUUGCAUAUGCGUUUUAUGCAAUCGUCAUAGCAUGGCUUAAUAUCUGUGGUGCGCUGGUGGGCCACGACUCCAUCGACACGAGUUGCGUGCCAGCGCCAUACCCGGCCGUGAACUUGCUUGCCAUAUUGCCAGUUGUUGUCGCCUUCUCGAUGAAGAUGAAGCGUGUUUUGGGUACUCGGCACUUUCUUGUGCUCGUAUCCGCUCUCCUAAUGCAAGCCACCACCUUCACCGUAGAGUACAUCUUCUUUGUCAGGGAUGCUGGCAUCUGGAAUGGAUGGGGAGGUACGGACCUGGUGAUCGUUGUGUACAAAUACACACUCAGACCCUUGAUUUGGUCUUUGGGGCUGGGUCCGGUGGUGAGGCACGUGAUUCGGUCCUUGGAUGUUCCCAUUACCUCCAAGCCGGCUUUGGUCAUCAUCUUUUGCAUUUGGCCGCAGGCGUCCGGACGCUUGUUACUAUUCACCUUGAAGAGCCGCGGAACCUUCGCACUGUCUGCUGUUGUGGACGUCCUCAUCUCCAUGGGAGGCUUCUACUUCGUCCCGGAGAUCGACAAGAUUUUCUGGUAUCUCUUCCAGUGGAUGCCCAAGUUCGCGAUGAACGACAGGCUUAAGUCCGAACUGAAGAUGGUCCGCAUGAUCUUCUUCCAGGUCUCAGUGAGUGUGGAGACAGGCACCGCGCUCAUGUUCUCCUUGCUCCCCGCUCUACUCUAUUCGGAGCGACUGAUAUUCCAGAGAAUGUUUGCCCGCUGCCAAGCAGAAGUGAAUGUAGAGCAGCUCUUCGAGAGACUGGGCAUUUCGGCCGGGUUGAUGGUGGCAGAAGAUAUCCUCCUCAGCAUCGUGUGGUUGAAGAAAGGCCUUCCCUUGACGCAAGCCUUCGACAUCAUGUUCAGUUCCCGGGCUAGCUGGGUGGCACUCACCAUGUCCUAUCUCAGUAUCUUCCUGACCGUCGUGACAGCUGGAGCUCUACUGCCCGAAGCUAUGGAAUGCCAGAAUCCGUUUGAUGUGUGCUCUUGUUUGGAGGCACACAUGUUUGCCGCGAUUUGCGGAUGCUGCGGUUCCAAUCCCACAUCUAGCGCCGUAUGUACGGGCACCUGA